AGGGCUGAAGUACUAUAGCAGUAGUUUUUCGUGCGUAAACGGGAUAGGUUGUUCUCAAAUUCUUAAGAGUUCCGCUAUACUUUCAGACUGAGUUGUUUAUUUGGAGGUAGUGUCCUGGGUGGAGUUUUCUUUGCCUCCGCAAGAGUCCCUGCGGUGCACGGAUUACAAUGCAAAGGGUUUUGGAGGUUUGGGUCACCUUGGUGACACUUUCUGCCCUGGCCAAGGGGGUCUUUGGAGGAUACGGGCUGAGCAUGUUUGCUGCACAGUCUUCCCCUCCGGACCCGUGCUAUGAUGAGAACGGGAACCCUCGGAGAUGCAUCCCCGACUUCGUCAACUCCGCUUUUGGCAAGGACGUGCGCGUGUCCAGCACCUGUGGGAACCCCGCAGCCAGGUACUGUGUGGUGGCCGAGAAAGGAGAGGAGAGGACGAGGGACUGUCACACGUGCGACGCCGGGGACCCCAAGAAGUCCCAUCCACCUACCUAUUUAACAGACCUCAACAACCCUCACAACCUCACCUGCUGGCAGUCUGAAAACUACGUGCAGUAUCCGCAGAACGUCACCCUCACUCUGUCGCUUGGAAAAAAGUUUGAGGUCACCUACGUGAGCCUGCAGUUCUGCUCACCUAGACCUGAGUCGAUGGCGAUCUACAAGUCCAUGGACUAUGGCAAGUCAUGGGUGCCGUUUCAGUAUUAUUCUACCCAGUGCAAGAAAAUGUACAACAGGCAGAACAAGGCAGCAAUUACCAAGCAGAACGAGCAAGAAGCCAUCUGCACGGACUCCCACACAGACAUGCACCCUUUGACAGGUGGACUCAUCGCCUUCAGCACCCUGGACGGCAGACCGUCGGCGCACGACUUCGACAACUCCCCGGUGCUGCAGGACUGGGUGACGGCCACCGACAUCAAGGUGAUCUUUAGCCGGCUUCACACUUUCGGGGACGAGAACGAGGACGACUCGGAGUUGGCCCGCGACUCCUACUUUUACGCCGUGUCGGACCUGCAGGUCGGAGGACGGUGCAAGUGCAACGGGCACGCUUCAAAAUGCGUCAAGGACAGAGAAGGGAAUCUGGUUUGCGAGUGCAAACACAACACGGCGGGACCUGAGUGCGACAGGUGCAAACCUUUCCACUAUGACCGACCGUGGCAGCGCGCCACGGCCAGAGAAGCCAACGAGUGUGUCGCCUGCCACUGUAACCUGCAUGCCCGUCGCUGCCGUUUCAACAUGGAGCUGUACAAGCUGUCAGGCCGGAGAAGUGGCGGCGUCUGUCUCAACUGUCGUCACAACACAGCGGGACGCCAUUGCCACUACUGCAAGGAGGGAUACUACAGGGACAUGACCAAGUCCAUCUCUCACCGGAGAGCUUGCAAAGCAUGUGAUUGCCAUCCAGUUGGAGCAGCAGGGAAGACCUGUAACCAGACAACAGGCCAAUGCCCCUGCAAGGAUGGAGUGACAGGAAUCACCUGUAACCGCUGUGCCAAGGGCUACCAGCAGAGCCGCUCUCCCAUCGCCCCCUGCAUAAAGAUCCCAGUUGCAUCUCCGACAGCAACUUACAGCAGCUACGAGGAGCCGUCAGAUUGUGAAUCUCACUGUAAAGCUUCCAAGGGAAAGAUGAAGAUCACCAUGAAGAAAUACUGUAAAAAAGACUAUGCUGUCCAAGCGCACGUUUUAAAAGGAGACAAGGCAGGCGAGUGGUGGAAGUUCACCGUCAACAUAAUUUCUGUCUACAAACAAGGUGAGCACCGCAUCCGCCGUGGGGACCAGCUGCUGUGGGUGCGCGCCAAAGACGUGGCCUGCAAAUGCCCAAAGAUCAAGCCUGGGAGGAAGUACCUGCUCCUGGGUACAGACGACGAUUCCCCCGGGCAGAGCGGCGUGGUGGCAGACAAGGGAAGCCUGCUCAUCCCUUGGAAGGACCUGUGGGGCCGCCGGCUGAGGAAGUUCCAACAGCGUGACAAGAGGGGAAAGUGCUAAAAGUUGCUGGAGAGGAGAGAGAGAGGUUGAGGGAGAGGUGGAAACAAAAUAACAUCUCCACUGAGAUGAAUGCAAGGACGAGGAGGAGAAGAUGAAUGAAAAAAACAAACUGGAAGAGUAUAAGAUAGAUGGGGGACUGAGUGCUGCUGCUCUGAGCUGGAGCGAAGAGUUUAGUGUUUUCUAGGGACUUUUGUGAAGGAGCUCAUUCUACAGUUGUUCUGUUUCUGUUUGUCUUUCAAGGUUUGUUUUGUUGUGUAAUUGCAGAGUUUGCACCUAAUGUUACAGAUAUGUCACAUCCUGACUAUGUUACCCAUGAUGCCGCUGGUUUUUUUUCCACAGUCCCUUGUUCAGUUGUUUUAAAGAGCAAUGCAUCUACUGUAUCACCAUUGUGUAUUUUAAGAGGAUCUAUUUCCACUGUGCUGCGUAAAGCAUUAUUUAGUUAAUCGAAGAGACACCGCAUGGCACUGAGGGACUCCACUUAUGUAUGAUAAGUUGCUUUUGUAACCUGCCAAACUUUAGAUAAACUUUUUCAACAGCUUAAAGUGAAAACUUGUGAAAUUAUUCAUAUCUGUGGAAAAUAUAAUAGGUGCCAUUUUGCCCGAGAGCUCCCUGCUCAUAUGCGAGUGUUACCUCAGCGAAACAACUGGUGUUGUGGGAACAAAAUGCCAUAAUGAUCCUCUGCUCAUUUUGUGUAAUGAUUUCACAUUACAAGCAAGUCUUUGCUCAGCGCUUAUUAACCUAUCAACAGUAUGUUGUGGCUGUGACCUCUGCAAUGUAAAGUAACCAUACGUGCAUACAUAGACAUUAUUUUAAAUAGAUGGUGCCAUAGCAUCAACUAGAUGUAGAGUAGACAUGUCAAUCAUGCACUUAUUUUUACUAGUCAAACGUUUUAGAACAUAUGAAAUAUGUUCACAUUUUUAGAGUGGCAUCCAAAAAAGAAUUUAAAAAACAUACUGUACCAUAUGAUGCAAAAAAAACCCUUGUAUAGUUCAAACCCUGCUUGCCUCACUGAUGACUGUUCUGCAUGGACUUAUGUUUCUGGCUGACAUCAACAACCCUGUUCAACUUUGUCACAACUGCAGAUAAGUCAGACUUUAGUGUUUAUAUUCUAAUAAAGGACUAAAUGUAUGUUGGAUGUCCCAAACAUUUGCAAGUGAGGGAACUGAUGAAGUGAACCCUCUCACUUCAUAAAAAAAAAAAAGAGAGCACCUAUCAAGCAAUCCUCAUACCACUGACAUAAUGCAUGCUCACUAUUUACUGUAGGUGACUGAUAGCUAACAAUGAUUGUGAAUUAUGUACACAUUUAAUUUGUAAACAGUGUUCAGUGUUGUGGGAAAAUAACCUGUGGAGUGAUAAAAUAUCACUGAUGUGUAUUGUACAGUGCGUUCAGCACGCUGUGUCAAAAGUUUGUCACCUCAAAGCGACUUUUUGAGGACUGGAUUCCAUUAUCAAGACUUGGUACUCAACAAAAAGGCAUGACCGAUUGUCUACAUGUUACAAAGCUGUAUAAUAUUACUUUUUUUUUAUUGUUUGUUAAACAUUAACUAGAUCUAUUUCCAUGUGAACUUAACCAGAGUUUUAAAUACUAGAGGCUUAAUAAAUGAAAAGACAAAUAAAUGAAUGUCAGAGAAAUGUCUCAU